CCACAAGUCACCUUCGCCCUUACGCUGUAACCAGUCGUUUUUUCACUCUCUUCUCCAAGAAUCGCCGAUUUAGGGUUUCUGCGUGUUCUUUGGCUCACUCUCUAUUUAGGGUUUCUGCGUGUUUUUUCACUCUCUAUUUACGGAAAUCUUCAUCAAGAGCUACACUUCAUAUUUUGAAGGAUUCUUCCCGUUGGAGACUUCGGCGGUUUUACGAUGGUGAUGGAAGCGAAUCGAUCAGAAGAGCAGAGCACCGUGGAAACGACGAUGAAUGACAUCGAGGAUCUUGUUGAUGUACAAUCUUCAUUCUCUUGCUUUAUUGAAUCCUCUAUUUCUGGCUGCUAGAUACAAUGAUUUCGAUGAUGUAAUAAGUCUUGCUUCUGCUGGUGUUUGUCUUGAUUCCAAGGAUUCCAAUGGCCGAACUGCUCUACACAUGGCCGCUGCCAAUGGACAUCUUUCGAUAGUAGAGUUUCUCAUAAGUAAAGGAGUGGAUGUGAAUGCUUUGAAUGCGGAGAAGAAUACACCAUUGCAUUGGGCAUGUCUGAAUGGGCAUAUUGAGGUGGUGAAAAGGUUGAUCUUGGCAGGAGCCAAUUUGAGCUUAUUAAACAGCCAUGAGAGAACUCCCAUGGAUGAAGCUCUGACUCGGGGGAAAAUGGAUGUCAUUGAUGCGAUCAACACUGCGGUGGCACAAGUCGAGCUCACUGGCAUCAGCGUUUCAACUGUGGAACCGGAAAUAUAGCUGAGGGAUAUCAAAAUUUUGAUUUAUUGGCUUAAAUAUGUAGGAUAAAUUAUCAAAAUUUUAUCUUUUAAACUUGAUUUGUUUAUAUGAAAUGGUUGUUCAAGAAAGAACGAUGAAUUUAUCUUUUAUAUGAAAUGGUUGUUCAAGAUA